UUGCUGCCAAUUUCCUUGGAAUCGGAAUCUUCUUGCUUGUCGUCGCUUUCCAUUACAUUACGGCUAACCAACCAAGACAGGUUAAGCACUGAUUACGAUCCAACACAUCAAAAGAAAGAUCUUCCUAUGAUCUUGGUCAUGUUAACUUAUUUCCAUUGCUUCGCCUGUUUGAUGCAGCACUUUCCGCGAACUACGGGAAGCCAACCGGGAACUUCUGGCAUACAAUCUCCUCAUCUCCAAAAGCAAUUUCGUUUCGGCUCUACCAGAAGUGGAGUCAACACACCUGGUGGUUAUUCCACGUACAGCUCCAGUACAACAACUGAUCGAGUUGGAUGUUUAACAGCAGUCAGGAUGUCUGCCUGGGCUAAAUUAACGAGAUUCUCCAGGAGAUUUUUAUAUGUCCGUCAAAUGGACUUCGAAUUUGCCGCGUGGCAAAUGGUCCACCUAUUAGCUAAACCAAAGCAAGUUUAUAGAAACUUCUUGUAUAGAAAACGUACAAAAGAUCAAUUCGCACGCGACGAUCCUGCUUUUUUGGUUUUGCUUUCACUUGCACUUCUUUUUUCUUCAAUAUUUUAUGCUGUCGCCUUGUCAUUAUCUCUCUGGGGUUUUACCAAAUUUUUCCUCUGGGUAGUAUUCAUUGACUGCAUCGGCGUCGGAAUUGUAAUCGCUACAGCUUUAUGGUGGGUCUCAAAUACUUUUCUAAGGAAAGUAAAAGACCAAGAUGUGGAAUGGGGUUAUUGCUUCGACAUUCAUCUGAAUGCAUUCUUUCCUUUCCUCAUUCUCCUUCACGUUUUGCUCCCUAUUCUAUACCCAACGUUCGUUGACUCGUCAGGUUUCUUCGCAGUGUUGUUGGGCAAUACAAUAUGGUUCAUAGGAGCAAUCUAUUAUGUGUACAUUACUUUCCUUGGUUAUACUGCCUUGCCAAUUCUUCACCAAACUCAAGUGUUCCUGUAUCCCAUUACGUUCCUCUUCAUUGCAUGGAUCGCCUCAGUGACAGCAGGAUGGAACAUUUCAAAACUCACGAUGGGUUUUUAUCGUUACCGAGCUGAAAACCAUCAGAUGGAACAUCACAUGGGUCUCUGA